AUGGCCGAUGUGCUCGAUAUCUACAACCACGAGGAGUUCGAGGUGGACGAAGAUGGCGACCAGGGAAUCGCCCGACUGAAGGAGAAGGCUCGCAAACGGAAAGGACGCGGUUUCGGCAAUGAAAGCAUUCCCCGGGAAACUAUCGAUUACGAGCGAAUGCAGGACGACGAAGAGGAAGCGGAACCGGGCCCACAGCGAUCGGUCGAAGGAUGGAUUCUGUUUGUGACGUCGAUUCACGAGGAAGCGCAGGAGGACGACAUACAGGAGAAGUUCUGCGAGUUCGGUGACAUCAAAAACAUUCACCUCAAUCUGGACCGCCGGACCGGCUUCCUCAAGGGUUACGCGUUGGUGGAGUACGAAACGUACAAGCAAGCGCUAGCGGCGAAAGAAGCACUGAACGGUUCGGAGGUACUUGGACAGACGAUUUCCGUCGACUGGUGCUUCGUCAAGGGACCAAAGAAGCUUAAAAAAUCUUCCGAACGACGCCGACGAUAG